UUUUGGUCAGAAGACUGAUUAACGACAAAGCAGUAGAAGAUUAAGUAAUCCUAUGGUGUUUAUGCUAUUUUGACCGCUCCACUGGUACUACUUCACUUGUUUCAGGGUGCAUUUCUUUCUUUCUAAAAAGCGCAAUAUGGUGAGACACAGCUUGGAGGAAGGACUAUUACCAGCUUCUUCAAUUCUUGAACCAAGUGGCGGCACUGGCGAUGACAGUGAAAUAACUGAUUAUCAAAUUGAUUCUUCUGCAAGUCUGAUGGUUUUGUUCAGCACCUUCAUUGCCAUAUGCGGUUUCCUGGUUUUUGGCUGCUGUAGUGGAUACUCGUCGCCUGUUGAGUCUGAAAUCAUGGAGGACCUUGGUCUCUCAGUCGCACAAUACUCCGUUUUUGGCUCUGUAAUGACAAUUGGAGGACUGUUAGGUUCAUUAAUCAAUGGGAAAUUAACCGAUCUUGUCGGUAGGAGAAGAGGCUUCUGGUUAGCGGAUUCUCUCUUCAUCGUUGGAUGGUUGGCUAUCGCAUGUGCCGAGGAUGCCUGGCUCCUGUAUCUUGGUAGGACAUCACUGGGAAUUGGAAUUGGUCUCACGUUUUAUGUGGCACCUGUAUAUGUUGCAGAAAUUACACCUAUGACUAUUCGAGGAGCAUCAACAACAGCUAACCAGUUAAUGCUCACUUGCGGUAUAUCACUAAUGUUCUUUCUUGGAACUGUUGUUUCCUGGCGCACCUUGGCUCUAAUCGCUCUUGUUCCAUGCUUGGUGCAAGUCUUUGGUGUAUUCUUCAUUCCUGAAUCCCCCAGAUGGCUGUACUGCUGCCUGCAGGCAAUGGUUGGCCGAGAGAAAGAAUUAGAUGCAAGUCUACAAAAACUUAGGGGAAGGAAUGCUGAUAUUUCUCAGGAAGCAGCCUACAUCAAAAAUUACACAGAGGCCUUCCAACAACAAUCAGAGGAUCGAAUCUUCAACCUGUUUCAACGUAGAUAUGCACAUUCGCUCUUAGUUGGCAUUGGGCUUAUGGCACUGCAGCAAUUAGGAGGGAGUAGUGGCAUUACAUUUUAUGCCAGUUCCAUAUUUGAAGAUGCUAACUUUUCAAGUAAACUUGGGACUAUAUCCAUGGCUAUCAUUCAGAUUCCUGGUGUUGUUGUAUCUGUUGUUCUGACAGAUAAAUCCGGAAGAAGACCACUUCUCAUGGUUUCAAGCGCCGGAACAUGCUUGAGUUUCUUGCUUCUCGGCUUGAUGAAGACCACAGUUGCCAUAGAAAUUAUGUUGAAUGAUAUGAUAUAUUCAGUUCUCUGUGUGCAGUACUCUGUUUUUGCCUCGUUAAUGACAAUUGGAGAACUGAUAGGGUCAUUAAUAUGUGGGAAGUUAACCGAUCUUGUUGGUAGGAGAAGAGGCUUCUGGAUAGCGGAUUCUCUCCUCAUCAUUGGAUGGUUGGCUGUCGCAUUUUCCAAGGAUACCUGGCUCCUGGAUCUUGGAAGGACAUCACUGGGAAUUGGAAUUUCCAUCAUGUUUUAUGCGGCACCUGUAUAUGUUGCAGAAAUUGCACCUAUGACUAUCCGAGGAGCAGCAACAACAGCUAACCAUUUAAUGCUUGCUUGCGGUGUAUCACUAAUGUUCUUUCUUGGAGCUGUUGUUUACUGGCGCACCUUGGCUCUAAUUGCUCUUGUUCCAUGCUUGGUGCAAGUCUUUGGUGUAUUCUUCAUUCCUGAAUCCCCCAGAUGGCUGGCGAUGGUUGGCCGAGAGAAAGAAUUAGAUGCAACUCUACAGAAACUUAGGGGGAGGAAUGCUGAUAUUUCUCAGGAAGCAGCCUACAUCAAAAAUUACACAGAGGCCUUUCAGCAACAAUCAGAAGAUCGAAUCUUCAACCUGUUCCAACGUAGAUAUGCACAUUCGCUCUUAGUUGGCAUUGGGCUUAUGGCACUGCAGCAAUUAGGAGGGACUAAUGGCAUUGCAUUUUAUGCCAGUUCCAUAUUUGAAUAUGCUAACUUUUCAAGUAAACUUGGGACUAUAUCCAUGGCUAUCAUUCAGGUUCCUGCUGCUGUUGUAUCUGUUGUCCUGACAGAUAAAUCUGGAAGAAGACCACUUCUUAUGGUUUCAAGCACCGGAACAUGCUUGAGUUUCUUGCUUCUCGGCUUGUCAUUCUGUUUACAGGAUCAUGGCUACUGGAAAGAGAUCACUCCAAUUAUGGUUUAUUUUGGCAUACUGGGAUAUUUUAUAAGUUUCUCCAUAGGCAUUUCAGGGUUACCGGUACUAAUAGUGUCCGAGAUAUUUCCUAUAAAUGUGAAGGGGUCAGCUGGAAGUCUUUCAGUUUUUGCCAAUUCUCUAUGCGCUUGGAUUGUUUCAUAUGUUUUUAAUUUUAUGUUUGAAUGGAGCUCAGCAGGAACAUUUUUCAUAUUCGCCUGCAUCUGCGGUUUCACAAUCCUAUUUGUUGCAAAGCUUGUGCCAGAGACUAAAGGAAGAACACUUGAAGAAAUACAAGCAUCCAUGACCCUCUUUCACUGAUAAUACAUUAUUUAUAACAAGAAGAACAAUGCCAUUAAUUUUAAGGAUUAGAUAUGAUGGUCGUCAUCAGGUUCUCUUUCUGGUUCAUUUUUACUUGGAAGAGAGGCAAACCAGAAGCAUAAGUGUCAAAGAGUUUAUGAGAAUAUAUACCUGAGUUGGGCAUGUAAUAAGUUGUCUUCUUAUAUUUUUCUAAUAACUCUUCCAACUCGACCCACUCAUAUACUGAAGUACUUUUUGCAAGUCAUCAUAUAAUUGCCUAGUCACUUCUAAUGAAGCUGAGUGAAGAUUGCUACUGCUGGAAUUUAUUUUGAUAUAUUAAAGAUGUGCUCAAGUGCUCUAAAACAAAGCCAAUAUUAGUUUGUUUUUGUUAUUUAAUAUGUUGACAAACUUUCUUAUCCAUUUUGAGUUGUUAGUUUGUGUUUAGUUGGAAUGUAACCAAUGCAGCUUGGAAUUGUUAGAGUAGUUAAGUUUUUGGUUUGCUUUGUAAGAAAUUGUAUGGUUUAGCUUAAUUUGAGCUGCUGUGUACUUGUAUUAAGUAAGAUAGGAUGUAUAUAAAUGUAUUAUUGAAGUGAUGAAGAAAGGUGUGACUUUUUA